UACGCUCGCUACUCGCAUUUCGUGCUUCACUCCCGGCACAUUCGUACGUAAAGAAUCACAUACUCGUAAAAGGCCAAGUACAAUAGUUUUCUCGUAUAAAAAGGCUCAUGUUCGGAGCUCUUCAGUCAUUUGGGAAGCUAGUGUCCACAACUGCUUAUUACUGCUCCGCCGGUAGCGCCUUACGCCUCAACGGAAAACAGCUGAUCUUCCCCAACAACAGGGCAAAGUACACCCCCAGAAUGUCGUCAGGGACAGCAACUACGAAAGAAGCAGGGACGACCACGACGACGACGACCACGGAAUAUUCCAUAGCGUUCGUCACAACGCCGGACAUCAACGCGUCGAACAAGCUUGCCCGGGGGCUGGUGGAGAAGAAACUGGUCGCAUGCGUGAACAUCAUCCCCGGGCUGACGUCAAUCUACGAAUGGGAAGGAAAGAUAAACGAGGAUCCCGAGUACCUGUUGAUGCUAAAAACACGCACCUGUCGUAUGGAGGAGGUGAUACGCUUUGUGCGGGAAAAUCAUCCGUACAGCGUGGCGGAAGUGAUAUCGGUCCCGAUAGCGAGCGGAAAUGCACCGUACCUGGAGUGGAUAGGGAAGAUCGUUCCACAGUCGGGCCAUCCAAACUAGCUGAAUCAUUAAAAAAAAUCUUUUAUAAUGGGUUUUUUAAACGGUUUAGAAACUUAUCCAAGGGAUUUGGUGAAGCUCUCUGGGAAAAUGAAAUAAUACUAUUCAAAAUGAUUUCUUGUGGUGUAUGCACUAUGGUUCGUAAAUCUCAUAGACAGAGAGGGAUUAAUAGUGAAUGGGUUUUUGUUUUUGAAUUGAAAUAAAAUGUUAAGUUUAUU